UAAGCACUGUAUAUAAAAAAGAGAAACUGGAUUUUUUUUUGCAAAAAAUUUUUUUAAAAUGACACUUCAAUUUUUAUUUGAUGUGCAGUUCAUAGCAUCUCUUCAGCACCUUCUAUGAUUUCAAAAUUGCAGUAGGACAUAUUUCAAUAUAAUCUACAUUUAAAUUAAUUUCCCAGCCCUAGUAUGUGCAAGUUCAUGUGCUUUGAUAGUAUGGUUGCAAGAUGUGCAAUGGGUGCAAGAAUGCUGACUAGACAUGAUCAGAUGUGUAAAAUAUGCAAGGAUGCAGCAUAUUUACAUGAAGUUAUUAUGAUAAUUUAAGAUUGUUUACAUUAACCUGGUCAAAUGUGCCUAUGAGGUGAGGCAUUUAACCCCAGUAAGCUGUCUUUUAGUAUGUGAGCUUCAGUAUAAACAAAGUGCAGGUAAGCAAGGUGAGGGUGCUUGUGAAAUUAAAGUUCUAUUUUAGACAUUAAUUGCAAAUUACGUUUGUGUAUUUAUUGUGUGUGAAAUUUAGGUCUCAAUUUAGAUAUUUAAUGAAAUCCACAGGGUUGAUAAAUUAUUUUGAAAGCAAAGACGCCUCACAUCCGGCGCCGUCUUCCUGUAGCUUUACCCUUCUUUGAUCCUUAGCUCGGGAUCGAUUGAGCAGCCUGGCCCGGGCCAACACGAAGCGAGCAAACGGGCAUUCAGUCUGCCUUCCUUCUCUGUCAGACAGUUAAAUAGCGAUUAUUAGAGUUACCGUGACCUACAAAGCAGCGCCAACGGUCCGUUAAACCUACCGAGCUCUGCCUGUCGGUUCCCACUGUUUAUUUAAUGUUACGUCUGCGGACCGUCAGACAAACGGGCGCCUGGCGUCUGUUGUUGGAGUGAGGAGCAGCGCAGCCUUGCGUCAAAGCCAGCUAAAGCUAAACCGUGGUAGGACAAGUCAGCAAUAAAGACCGGUAACAGCCACGUUACCUCGAGCUAGCAGACGGGUUAUUUUUGGCACGGUCGCUUGCGUACACAUGCUCCGUUUUAGACGCGUGAGCUAGCCCAACAUCUGCGCAAAAGCUGCAAGUGUGGAUGAGAAAAUAACGUUACAGAUAAUUCAGACUCUGGAUUUAGCGGUUUGUGUGUCAUUUGAGCAGAGUCUGAAACGACUUUGACGCCACAUCAUUCAAAGCACAGGUACAAAUAAGGGGAUUUUCAGUUAAUUGCGCAACAUAUCGUUAAAGAGGGGCCUCAUAGCUGACAUAUGAGGCCCGGUUGAAAAGAUGGACCUGAAUUUUUAUUCGGAUUUAACGGACGGAACAGGACAGCACGACGGAGACCCAGAGUUCCUGGAUCCGCAGUCAUUCAAUGGAUUUGACACUGACAACAAGUUCCCUGGAGGAAGUGACAACUACCUGACGAUCUCCGGGUCCAGCCAUCCCUUCCUCUCCUCUUCAGAAACUUUCCACACUCCCAGCCUCGGUGAUGAGGAGUUCGAGAUCCCCCCGAUCUCUCUGGACCCGGACUCGGCUCUCACCGUGUCUGAUGUGGUGUCACAUUUCGGGGAGCUGUCGGACACUGGCCCCUCCGACAGCGUGGUGGUCCCUGGGAACGCUGUGGUGGAAGGGGACGACCCCUCGUUCGCCUCCACCUUUGACAACACGCCCUCACAGGGGCUGGAGCACCUGAGUUUGGGUGUUAUGAACCAGUCAGGAGGGAGCGCUCUGCUGGGCUCGUCACUGGGGAUGGACCUCGGCCAUCCAAUCGGCUCUCAGUUUAGCAGCUCGUCGCCGGUCACCAUCGACGUUCCAUUGGGCGACAUGAGCCAGGGCCUGCUGGGCUCCAACCAGCUGACUACAAUCGACCAAUCAGAGCUCAGUGCUCAGCUGGGGCUCGGCCUUGGAGGAGGGAACAUUUUGCAGCGCUCCCAGUCGCCUGAACACCCACUGUCGGCCACUGCAUCACCCACCAGCUCGCUGCAGGACGACGACAUGGACGACUUUAGAAGGAGCGUCCUGGUCGAGUCCCCCGUCUCUCUAGCGGUAUCCCCUGCUGUCAUCUCCCUCGACCCCUCUCUGUCCGAGUCCCCACUCUCCACUCCGGCCUCGAGCGUCUCUCCAGCUGUCGGACGGAAAGGUGGAGCAAGCGGCGUGAAGAAGGGGAAGAGGCCGAAGAAAGACCCAAACGAGCCUCAGAAACCUGUGUCGGCCUACGCUCUGUUCUUCAGGGACACGCAGGCAGCCAUUAAAGGACAAAAUCCCAACGCCACAUUCGGAGAGGUGUCAAAGAUCGUGGCCUCCAUGUGGGACAGCCUCGGGGAGGAGCAGAAACAAGUUUACAAGAGGAAAAAUGAAGCAGCAAAAAAGGAUUACUUGAAGGCACUGGCAGAGUACAGAGACGGACAGUUUUCCCAGGCGUCUAUUGAAGUCAUGGACACUUCCCCGUCACCUCCUCCUCCGGCCCCAGCCCCUGUGGUUACAGCUCCAGCAGCCCCCACCCUGACCACUCGCACCACCCGCUCUCAGCACUACAACCCCGAGGAGAACACCAUCACCAACAUCUGUACCUCCAACAUCAUCCUGGACCUCCCUCAGGUCACCACACGCUCCCGCACUGGUGCCAUCAAACCCCAACCUCCGCCAGCCCCUCAGAACCCCCCCACUGUCACCAAGAUCAUCAUCAAGCAGACGCCGCUGCCCUCUGGAGGCGUGUCCGUUACAGCCACACCAGCCUCCUCACCGCGUCAGCCUCCACCUCUGCAGCAGAUGCAGAGCACGCCACCUCCUCCUCGGCUGCAGCAGAUGGUGCACGCUCAGGCGCCGCCCCCUCUUCAGGCCAAACCUCGGGGAGGAGGAGCAGCCGCCGCUACGGCGCCACCCCCACUGCAGAUCAAAGUUGUCCCGUCGGCGAGACAGUCAGAUGCAAACGCAGCGAUCAUUGUGACGUCAUCAGGUGACACGCCAACGUCUCGUGUGACGGUGAAGGUGGGACGAUCGGGAGAUGUGGAGGCGGGAGGAGAGGAAGUGGCUGAGGCAGAAGAAGGGAUGGAGGUGGAAGUGAACGUGGCCCCCAUCCCCAACAUGACCUCCACUGCUAGUCAGAACAUGUGCGUACGUGCCGGCUGCAACAAGCCAGCUGUGGAGAGUGAGGACUGGGACAAAGAGUACUGCAGCAACGAGUGCGUCGCCUCACACUGCAGAGAAGUGUUCAUGGCCUGGUGCGCCAUCCGAGGGCGAAACUCCACCACCGUCACAUAGGGGAUAAAUAAACCGAAGAGGACUGCUACACUAAGAGGAGAAAGGACAAAGAUGAAAAUACUAAUAACAGAGGAAUAAAUGACGAGGCUCAGGUAUCGGCACAUUACGGUUUGUUCAAUCAUGAGAAGAACAAAGAGGACAGAGCUGCAGGGAACGUGUUUGAAGCUUUUUUUCUAUGAUCGAUUAAACUCCCUGGCACCCUUAAACUUUCUACAGCAGGAGUCUCGUCUCACAGUGAGGACGGAAUAAUGACGAGGACUACACCCUGCUUCCCUCAAACUUCCCCAAUGAUCAUCUCUUUCAACAGACUUUAUAUGAAUAUAUAUAACAGAUCAUUUUUAUGGACUCCUGGUGUUUUUAAUUGUUAUAAAAAAGAGAAAAGUGCAGGAAAUCAUGACCUUCCACAUGAAUUCAUGUCAUUUUAUUUAAAUAAUUCCAAUUCUUAUGUGUUUUCUCUUCUUUUUACUGUUACAUCAUGGAUUGACAGAUGUGAAUGAAACCUGAAAAAAAAUACUUUCUCUCA